CGCGUCGUGCCCGCAUCUGGCGGAGGCUGUGCGGAGCAGAGAGAGAGGAGGAGGAGGAGGGAGCGCGAGGCUAGGGCUCCUCGACCAAGGGAAUCAUCAUGUCAGACAAGAGUGAUUUAAAAGCAGAGCUUGAACGCAAAAAGCAACGCUUGGCUCAAAUAAGAGAGGAGAAGAAACGGAAGGAAGAAGAAAGGAAAAAGAAAGAGGCAGAUUUUCAGCAGAAGAAAGAGCCGACUCAGGAAGAUUCUGAUCUGGACCGCAAGAGGAGGGAGACAGAAGCUUUACUGCAGAGCAUUGGUAUUUCCCCAGAACCACCUCUAGUCCCAACCCCUAUGUCUCCCUCUCCGAAAUCAGUGAGCACUCCCAGCGAAGCUGGAAGCCAAGAUUCAGGAGACCUGGGACCUGUAGGAAGGACCUUGCAGUGGGACACAGACCCUUCAGUGCUGCAGCUUCAGUCUGACUCUGAGCUUGGCCGCCGCCUACACAAGCUAGGAGUGUCCAAGAUCACCCAGGUGGACUUCUUGCCUCGUGAAGUGGUGUCCUAUUCCAAGGAGACUCAGACACCUCUGGAUACUCAUCGGGCUGAAGAGGAUGAGGAGGAUGAGGAACUGGUUGAACCAAAAGCAGAGAAUGACUCAGAGAUUGAAAUUCAAGAAAAGCAGCAAGACAUGAAGGAAGCUCCUCCAAGGGAACUAACAGAAGAAGAGAAGCAACAGAUUCUCCACUCAGAAGAGUUCCUUAUAUUUUUUGACCGGACAAUACGUGUGAUCGAGCGAGCUCUAGCUGAAGAUUCUGAUAUUUUCUUUGACUACAGUGGCCGAGAUGUAGAAGAGAAAGAUGGAGAUGUUCAAGCUGGAGCCAACCUUUCCUUUAACCGUCAGUUCUAUGAUGAGCACUGGUCUAAGCAUCGGGUUGUCACUUGUAUGGACUGGUCCCUUCAGUACCCUGAGUUGAUGGUUGCUUCAUAUAAUAACAAUGAAGAUGCCCCACAUGAACCCGACGGGGUGGCUUUGGUUUGGAACAUGAAAUUUAAGAAGACAACCCCCGAGUAUGUUUUUCAUUGCCAGUCUUCUGUGAUGUCAGUCUGCUUUGCCCGCUUUCAUCCCAACCUGGUUGUUGGAGGGACCUAUUCUGGCCAAAUUGUACUCUGGGAUAAUCGUAGUCACAGGAGAACCCCAGUUCAGCGCACCCCCCUUUCUGCAGCUGCUCACACGCACCCUGUAUACUGUGUAAAUGUUGUUGGGACACAGAAUGCUCACAACCUCAUUACCGUCUCUACAGAUGGCAAGAUGUGUUCCUGGAGUCUGGAUAUGCUCUCAACUCCACAGGAGAGCAUGGAGCUGGUGUACAAUAAAUCCAAGCCGGUGGCAGUUACUGGAAUGGCUUUCCCAACUGGAGAUGUUAAUAACUUCGUAGUUGGAAGUGAAGAGGGCACUGUCUACACAGCCUGUCGUCACGGGAGUAAAGCAGGCAUAGGUGAAGUUUUUGAAGGCCACCAAGGUCCAGUUACAGGAAUCAACUGUCACAUGGCAGUGGGUCCAAUUGACUUCUCUCAUCUGUUUGUCACAUCAUCCUUUGACUGGACUGUCAAGUUGUGGACCACAAAGCACAACAAGCCGCUCUACUCCUUUGAAGACAAUGCAGACUAUGUCUACGACGUCAUGUGGUCCCCAGUGCAUCCCGCGCUCUUUGCCUGUGUGGACGGGAUGGGCCGCUUGGAUCUCUGGAACCUGAAUAAUGACACUGAGGUCCCAACAGCUAGUGUGACAAUUGAAGGAACCUCUGCCCUCAAUCGUGUCCGCUGGGGCCAAGCUGGGAAAGAAGUAGCAGUUGGGGAUUCUGAAGGAAGGAUCUGGAUCUAUGAUGUUGGAGAGCUGGCCAUACCACACAAUGAUGAGUGGACUCGAUUUGCCCGGACAUUGGUGGAAAUUCGGGCCAACAGAGCUGACAGUGAAGAAGAAGGGACCAUGGAAAUAUCCGCCUAGAAGAAAGAAAGUUGUUCUCCCCUCCCCUCUGCUAGUACACCCAUGUUCAGUGUCAAGUCAGUAUUGUUGUGGCUUUUAAUGCCAAUGUUCAUGCUGGCAUUCCUCAGAGUUCUAAUUCCUUCAGAUUAAUCAUGCUGUGCUUAAAGCAGUCUGAAAAUAUCCAUAACAUUUUCAUGCUUCGCAUUUCUUUUUGAGACAUUACGAAUGAGAGGACAAAUCAAACCCAAGUGGGUUCAGUUGUUGCCUUUUAACUACUUUAGUAGCUGCAGUAACUAGCUAGAAACCUCUGGAUAAACCUGGGCUCACAAGCAUUUCUGGCACGGUCCUAUUAAAUCCAUAUGAAGUACGAUAUUAUUGGGUACAGAUGUGGUGUGCUUUGCAACAUGGGCCUGGGCAAAAGACUUUAGAUGUGGUGUUUCACAUGGUGACUUACAUUAUGAAUGGAUGUACUAUACGAACAUUGCUGCUCCUUAUUUAUUGCGGUGUGCUGCAUGGAACAUAUUUAUUUGAAAGCAUUAAAAUAAACGAUCCUAAAGCAUGUGCAUAACGAGCAAACUGCAUUGUCUCCGCAUGCCUGUUGGGGUUAUGUUGCGUUCCAAAUGACAAUAACAGGAUGUCACUUUGUACUAAAAUGGAAUCUGUAAAAGGCUGGUUGAAUAAAUGGAACUUUUAAAAAUG